AUGGGUAACCGUUGUACUCGUCCAAAAACAAAAGAUGAUAUUUAUUCAAUUCCUAGAUUAAGAGAAUCAACAAAUAAAUCCACAGUGAAGAUCAAUUUAUCUGGUAACAAUUUAACAGACCGUGAUAUUCCCGAUAGAAUAGAAGAAGCCAUGCGAGAGACAAAAUAUGAAUUAUCAUUAUCAAGAAACAGAAUAACAUCAGAUGGUGUUGAGAAGUUGGUCAAUUUUCUUAAAACAAAGGAAAAUGUCGCGCAUCUUGAUCUAUCAUCAAAUACAAUUGGAGAUGAUGCAAUCGACUAUAUUGUCGACUUAAUUCGAAAUAAUAAAUCUAUCUCUCAUUUAUCUUUGCAAAAUACCAAUAUAACAAAUCGUGGAGUCGUCAAAAUUAAGGAUGUACUUGUCUCGAAUCCAACAUCUAUUCGAUUUCUGGAUCUUCGAUCAAAUGAAGGGAUCACAGAUUCUUCGGUGGAGGCGUUUCUUGAAAUUGCUGAAAAAAAUAAAACAUUAUCUGGUUGUUAUUUGGAUGGUUGUGGAUUGGCUAGAGAAAGUAAAAAACUUGUAGGAGCACAAUCAAUCCAAUGGUAUUUACAUAAAAAUACUUGA